CAAGAGCUUGCAAAGUUCGCUGGCUCACGUCUUCCGUUGCGCUGAACUACGGCUCGACAAGUAGACAACCUUGCAGUGCUAUACAAUCGAUAGAACUGCCUAGAGAGCUGGCUGAUACAUCCGUGUCUUAAUCAUUCGCAGCGUCGCUGCCGCGACUAUGGUGCACAAAGCAGUAGAUCACCGCGUACCUGCCGUUAUUCGGAAUGGAGUUCAGGAAAAGAAACGAAGUUUCUUCGUGGUCGUAGGAGAUCGCCAGAAAGAUGUAAUAGUUCAGCUGUACCACAUACUUCUCAACACCGAUAUCAAACUCAACAAAUCGGUGCUGUGGGCGUACAAGAAGGACCUCCUACAAUUCUCUAGCCACCGCAAGAAGCGCGAGAAGAAGAUCAAGAGCGAUAUCAAAAGGGGCAUACGGCCCGCCGAUUCCGAGGACCCUUUCGAACUCUUCAUAUCGACUCAGAAUGUUCGAUAUGUAUACUAUAAAGAGACAGAGAAGAUAUUGGGUAAUACAUACGGCAUGUGUAUUCUUCAAGACUUCGAGGCGAUCACUCCGAAUCUACUGGCGCGAACUGUCGAAACUGUCGAAGGUGGUGGCUUGGUCAUUCUACUCCUGAAGGGGAUGAACAGUUUGAAGCAGCUAUACACACUCUCUAUGGACGUCCAUUCCAGGUAUCGGACGGAAGCGCAUCAAGAUGCUGUGGCCCGAUUCAAUGAGCGAUUCAUUUUAUCUCUAGGUAGUUGCGACUCCUGUCUGGUAGUUGAUGAUGAGCUGAACGUACUCCCCAUCUCCGGCGGGCGAUCGGUCACCCGCUUACCGCCCCCUGACUCUGAGCUCCAAGGCAAGACUCCAGAAGCCCUCGAAUUGCAGAAAAUCAAGGACAGUUUCACGGAUUCACCCCCUAUAGGCUCUUUAAUACCACUAGCACGUACCGUAGACCAGGCAAAGGCACUGCUUACAUUUGUCGAUGCGAUAGCAGAAAAGACAUUGCAAAGUACAGUCACACUGACUGCAGCCCGUGGGCGUGGGAAAUCAGCAGCUCUUGGAGUUGCUGUGGCUGCUGCGGUAGCACAUGGCUACAGCAACAUCUUCAUCACCUCUCCAAGUCCAGAGAAUCUAAAGACAUUAUUCGAAUUCGUCUUCAAGGGUUUCGAUGCUCUGAACUACUUGGACCACGUUGAUUACACCAUCAUCCAAUCAACUAAUCGGGAGUUCAACAAAGCGAUCGUGAGAGUGAACAUCCACCGGCAGCAUCGGCAAACAAUUCAGUAUAUUCGGCCACAAGACGCUUAUGCAUUAGGCCAAGCUGAGCUCCUAGUUAUCGACGAGGCUGCGGCUAUCCCGUUGCCCCUAGUCCGUAAACUCAUGGGUCCAUAUCUGGUAUUCAUGGCGUCGACUAUCAACGGAUACGAAGGCACAGGCCGGUCACUAUCUCUGAAACUUAUUCAGCAGUUGAGAGAUCAGUCAAGAGGGGCAUCAAAAGCCAACGCCGUGGAUGAGACUGUGGCAGACAGAUCUACGGGUAAAGGUUAUAAAGAUACAUCGGGAAUAGGUAGUGUCGGACGGUCACUGCGUGAAAUCACCCUUUCUGAGCCUAUACGGUACGCACCUGGAGAUCCCGUGGAAAAGUGGCUGAACUCUUUACUCUGCCUCGACGCCCAUCUUCCGAAAUCGAAACUAAGCCAACAAGGAUGUCCGCAUCCCUCGAAGUGCGAGCUUCUACAAAUUAAUCGAGACACUCUUUUCUCUUUCCACAAGGCAGCGGAGAAGUUUUUGCAGAACAUGAUGGCUCUUUAUGUUGCCAGUCACUACAAAAAUUCACCCAACGACCUGCAACUCAUGUCAGACGCCCCCGCACAUCAGCUUUUUGCUCUUGUGGCAUCUUCUGACUUGGAUAGCGGGCGUUUACCGGAGAUACUUUGCGUUAUCCAGGUCGCGUUAGAAGGUCAGAUCAGCCGAGAGAGUGUGCUGCAGAGCUUAAGUAGGGGUCACCGAGCUGGCGGCGACCUCAUUCCGUGGCUGGUCAGCCAGCAAUUUCAAGAAGACUCCUUCGCCCAGCUUUCAGGUGCUCGUAUUGUCCGUAUCGCCACGAAUCCCGACUACGCGAAUAUGGGCUACGGCUCGAAGGCCUUGGACCUUUUGACAAAUUUCUACGAAGGGAAAUUUGUCAACUUAUCAGAAAGUUCAGUAGCAGAGGAAUCUGCGAUGCCACGUAUAACCGAUGUGGAUCUCGACGAACCAACUUUACUACAGGACAACAUCAAGGUUCGAGAUGACAAGAUGAUGCCACCUCUAUUUGCACGCCUUAGUGAGCGUAAACCGCCUCACCUUGACUAUUUGGGUGUUAGCUACGGUCUCACAUCCACCUUGCACAGGUUCUGGAAGAGAUCUUCCUUUUCCCCGGUAUACCUUAGACAAACACCAAACGAUCUCACGGGAGAGCAUACAUGUGUGAUGUUGCGUGCUCUGGAUGGUGCAGAGGUCGAUGCCAGCUAUAUUGGCGCUUUCUGUCGUGAUUUCCAGCGUCGCUUCCGUUCGCUCCUCUCUUACGAGUUCCGAACAUUUCCCUCGAUUCUCGCCCUGUCCGUCAACGAAAGUGCAAACGCAGGCGCCAUGCUAGAUCGAAACACCACACCAAAUGUCCUGACGAAAACAGAUCUUGACGAUAAGUUCUCGGCUUUUGAUCUGAAACGGCUGGACAGCUAUGCGAAUAACAUGCUAGACUACCACGUGAUUCUGGACAUGCUUCCAGUGCUUGCAUCUCUAUAUUUCGAAGGUCGGCUUGGAUCGGCAGUGUCUUUGACUGGUGUUCAAACAUCAAUUCUCCUCGCGAUCGGGCUACAGCGCAAGACUCUCGAUGAUUUGGAGAAGGAACUCAAUCUGCAAAACAGCCAGCUACUGGCAAUGUUCAUCAAGAUUGUGCGGAAGAUCUCUCUGCAUUUCCGUUCUCUGCUCGAGGGCGCAAUCGCGGAGACCUUACCCGAAGCGCCAGAGCCCGAGCACCCGCUUGACGAGCCCAAUAACACCGAGGCAGCGAACGAUAGAUUCAAACCUCUGGCCCAGACGCUCAACGACGAACUAGAAGACGGCGUAGCCGAGGUGCGGAAGGAAGAAAAAGAAAGAGUGCGGAGCAUGAUCGAUGCGCUGCCCCUCGACCGCUACGAAAUCGCCACCGGCGAUGCCGCCGACUGGGAGGAGCCUGAGCGCCAGAUCCGCGCUGGGAAGAGUACGACCGUGGCGGUCAAGAAUAGCAAGGCCCAGGGCAAGAGGAAACACGGCGAGUUACAGGAGGCGCUCAAGGAGGCUGAUGCUGUUCGCGAGGGCAAGAAGUCGAAAAAGGGGUCGGCGUCGAGGAAAUCUAGAUGAGAAGGUUUUGGCGCUGCUGUGGCAGGGGUGUUCUUCUAGUUUGGGGGUACUUGGUUUGGUGACGAGAUUACAUGUACAGCUAUUGCUCGUGGUACGGUGUAAUCUGCACUGUAGGACGUAAAGCGUUGUUGGCCUGCUUGUUGCAAAGACAAAAAAAUGUAAAGGGGUUCUACUGCCUCCCAUGACCUACCGAGCGCACCAGCGUUUCGGUAGAGGCUUUCAAGAUUAUCUGAUCGCGUGUCAGGAUAUAUGUGAGAUGGAACUUGGCAGUGCUCGAAGCAUGUUCGAGAGCGCCAUUACCGUUACGAGAAGUGGGCUUGUGUAGGGGGCCUUUAUAUAUACCCCAUGGUGUCUGUCACAUAAAACGUAGGCAAGCAACAGGAUAGGCAG